AUGAGCAAUCCCCCUCCUCCACCGAAUGUCGCACAACCACAAACGAACGAGCGUGCCUCGUUCCAGGCACCGACAAGAGCCAGCCUAGCAAGAGCACAUCCCGCCCUCCUCGAACGCGCGCUGAGCAGAUCGCCCGUGCGAAGCCCACCCAAACCGACUAAGGCUGAUGCGCGGGCUGUCGGCUUGAGAGACCGUAAGGCUCUCAGACCAUCAUUGACGUCGUCCGGCAGUCCACUGAAGCCUCCCAAGAAGGCGAAGCCGUCGCCGCGACAUGUCUUUGCUGCGCCCCCGAGGCGAGUCUCUACUCGAAUAACCGCCUUUGAUUUGGCUUUUGGGUCCCCCGCUUCGACGCAGCGGAGUAUCGAGGAGCCGCGACACAUCAAUACGCCAGAUGACCAACUGACAUCGGAGCUGGGUAGUGUGACCGGGGAUUUGGACGUCACCGGGGACCUCAGUCAGCCUUCUUUACAGGAGAUACUCGAAGAGCCAGAUCUUCCGCCGACACCGACACAACUGGGGCUGGGACCGCCACCGGGACGCUCAAAGGGGCUUUUGAGCAGCAGCCCUAGUUCACAACAAGCGAAAUGGGGGAUACGACGAACGACGGACAAUCCUGAACAGACGACAUCGAGAUUGAGGAGCGUCAAUUAUGGAGAGGCGGAUGAUAUGACGGAACCGGGAUUGACCAUGGAUUGGGAGUCGUUCCCGGAGCACAUCCUGAAAAAGCGAAAGCUGAGGAAUGAGCUCUCUGACGAGAUGGAACAACUCAAGAAGGAAAUUGCCGAAUUGGAAGAUUGGUCAAAGGAGUUGAGCCAGGGCGAUGAACACACCGAACGUGACUUAUCAAAGUUAAUUACCCUGCUAUCAUCCGCUCACCACACAGAAACAGCGCCAUCUGGUCGACGCCCAACCGCGGCAUCGAUCUCGUCUCUUAUCUCGGCUUUGCUUCCGUUCGCUACGAAGGCCCCCCCACCACCGACUGAAGAUACACUACCGAUCAAUCCGUUUGCGCUGGACGAACAUGCCCACAAGAAACCUUAUCUCACAGCUUUCGCACCCUUGGACCUUACCGCAUUCUCAGAGCUUGUCCCAGCAACCACAACUGAGCCCCCCCUGGAGAGACAUGUUCUAACUUUCACCGCGCCGCAUCCGUUCCCUUCCAAUCGCUUCAAUGUAGCCGUUACGUAUGACGCCAAUCCACAGACACAAACCCUGGUCUCAAUAAGAUUACCAACUGCAACUCAAACCGCCAAGGCCAGAAUGCCCGCAUCCUUACAGCAUUGGACGAAGAUCCGACUCGCCAAUCCGCUCCUGAGACUUGACAUCACGGGACUUUGCUGGGGGAUCAAUCGGUACUGGGAAGCUGUAAUAUUACGGGCACAACUGUGGUCACAGAUGGAGGAGCAACAUGCAGAUUUGAUCCCUGGCCAUAGGAGGCCCAGUGCCUCCCCACCAAUGGGCUCCGACAAGCAAAGCACGCCUGAUCUACGACGCAUUCUGCCCCACCUCGAGCGAACGUCUAUACUCUUUGAAUCGAGGGCCAGACGCCUGAGUCUGCUCCUCUCCUGUGAGUUGAGAAUCGACGAAUGGUCAAGCGAACCCCAGCUUGUCCCCGGGAUCAGCAUUUCGAGCAUCACCUCCGACGGGGCUCCUGGCCGGAAAGUCGAGCAAGAGUGUAAAAAGCUAUUUCAUACUAUGUUGAUGGAGAAAUUAGACAGCCAGCCUGAAGGAGUCACCGGCGACUCAAGCGAGAUCCAGACCGGCGCCAUCUUGCGUGCUACGGAGUGCGUCGUGAAAGUUAUUUCUGGAGAUAGUGACGAACUCGAUCAUGAUUCCCCGCAUGAUGCAGCAUAG